UGGAGAAUUUUUGCAAGAAAAUUAAUUUGAACCUCGCAGGUGCACCAAGAAAGAGGUGUACAUAUAUUGGUAGAUAUGCAGUGAGUCAACUUUUGCGGAACGAUCGUAUAGUGUUGCCCGCUCCCGACUAUCCUCGCAUUCUUUCGUGCAUGCGCACGUGAGUCAGUAGCAAAUGUAAACCUCAUUGAAAACGGGGCUGAACUGUCAACACGAUUUAGUCGUUUGCCUUCGCUCGUAUCUGUAACAUAUAGAAGGUCUCAUCCACAAAGCCUGAUUACAAUGACUACUACAAGACUGGAUCGCCUGUUUGUCUUGCUAGACACGGGACAAUCUGCAGUCACUCGUAGGGCAGCGGCAAAACAAUUGGGAGAGCUGCAACGGCUCCAUCCACAUAAACUUAACUAUCUGUUAGCUAAGGUGCACAAGUAUUUGCGCAGUGCCAAUUGGGAUACGCGAAUUGCAGCAGCCGCUGCCGUGACGGCGAUUAUUGAAAAUGUUCCUUCUUGGGCUCCUCCGCCUGUUUGCAAGGCCGAGCCAAAUGGCGACGACGUGAAACCUUCUGGGGGUAGUAAUUCUUUGCACGCAAAUCGAACGCGACAACUUCGAGUAUCAGAGUUCGACAUCGAUAUAGUCAUGAGAACAGGGAAGCAUUUACUCGGGUCAGAAGGCAAACAAUUUGAAAAAAAUCCAGAUAAUGUUGACGGAGACGGGAGUGAAAGUGCAGAGGAUCUUGCACGCCAAAAAAAAGCUGUCAGCAAACGAUUGGGCUUCGACGUUUGCGAGAAGUUUGGAAUGGCAUCAGAUGAUCUCUUCACCGAAAACGACCUCAAAACAGAUGCAGCAGAUGAGUCAAAUGGAGGUGUUGCGGAAAUCAAAAAGGAUAUCACCGAGGUUCUUCAAGGCCCAGGACCUCAGCCUUCAAAAAAACGCAAAUUUGAUUUUGAUGAGCCUGAUGAUAAAAGCAAUGGAAGCAACAGCAGCACAAGCACACCUCAGGCGGCUCUGUCUGAAGCAGACUGCACCGAGUGGCCGUUGACGAUGUUUGCAGAGGCUUUAAUGGACGACUUAUUCAAACCGUCGUGGGAGACAAGGCAUGGCGCUGCGACGGCUUUGCGUGAGCUUACUAAAUUACAUGGUACCGGCGCCGGCGUUGCCAAAGGAAUGACCCGUGACGAAAUGGUGGCUUCGAACCAGCAGUUUCUAGAGAAUCUCGCAUUGAGGCUUGUCUGUGUAUUGGCGUUAGACAAGUUUGGAGAUUUCCUUUCAGAUCAGGUCGUUGCACCUGUUCGUGAGACCACAGCGCAGGCGUUAGGCUUUUGUUUGCGUUUGAUAGAACCUGCGAGAGUUGAUGCCUUUCUCGACAUUCUUCUCAAAAUGGCUGACUCAAGGGACUCGUGGGAAGCGAGACAUGGCGGAUUACUAGGUAUUAAAUAUCUCUUAGCUAUUAGUGGCCAGACUAGCAGUACGCCUGUUGGCGAUAACGUGGCCCCAGGAAGUGGAUGUGCUACCGUUGGCCGAGAUACGUGGCUACCUCGGGUAUUUGGGCCACUUUUCGCGAGUCUUCAAGACGCCAACGACGAUAUAUCAGCGGUGGCUGCCGCAGCUUUCUUACCGAUCAUUGAGGAUUUGCCGCGUUUACUUCCGCAGCAGAUCCUUCCUCUGUCCGAACGACUCUGGACAUGUUUGAAGGAGAUGGAUGAACUUUCGUCAUCUACGCACUCAAUUUUAAGCCUCCUGUCGCAUCUUCUUCCACACGUUUGCAAAUUAAGGAAUAAAACAGCAGUAGAAAAUAUCGAUGACGACGGACCCUGGGUCUCGCCAGGAAAGAUCGCUUUACUUUGGCCAUUUCUUGACCAUCAUUCGUUUAAUGUGCGUGUGUCGGUUCUCGACUCACUUCGAACAAUUGCUGCUACAGAAGGCGAGGGCAGCCCACUGGUGACGACGCAGCUAUCGCCGGCUCUUCGAUUGCUGUUCCAACGUUCCUUGCUUGAGACAGAACCCGUUGCAACCAAAGCUGUUCAACAGGUGUGGGUAUCAAUUCUGCGGAGUGCCAAUCUCUCUCACUUGCUUUUCUCCGCUUGUCCCCUCCUCGCUGGGUGGCUUUGCCUUACAAUGCAUCCUGCCAAGAUGGCUGUGGAUCCAAGACAGCAAACUGUUUGGUUGGAAACAACAAAAUCCCUCGGAAAGGGCGGAGAGUAUUAUAUUGCUGGUAAAGAAUCUUUAGCGGAGUCUCACGUUGCUCGUCAACGCCUUGUUUUGCGGGCCCGGCUUGCAGCAUGUCAGAUGUUGGGAGCACUGUCCUGCUUCGUAACAAGACGAGCCCCCGGCGCCGAAUACACUGCUCCUUCCGAGGGACCGAUGGAAUGCUUUGCCCGUCUGAUAGGUUUCCACCUCGCCAGCAAAAGUGCGCUUCAACGGACGAUCGUCGCCCUAGUCGUGCGAGAGUGGAUCGAACAGCGCCGACAGAAGGAAUUUUUGUUUCCUGACGAGCCGUUAGAGGAAUGCCCCCGAUCGAUAUCGGAUAGUGUUAUUCAGUGCAUUCAAGAACCCGUUCUUUACGAUGAGGUGGCAUCGACAUUCACGCGUCUUCAGCAGGACUGCCGGGAUCUGAUCGGGUUGAUGCGGCACUACUGUCUGCCAGUGGAUAAGGUGGGCUCAUCUCUUGGACUUCCUGCUCUAGCCGCAUGUGGAAUUGGACAAGUGCUCACUGCAGACCAGGCGACGCUUCUCGCCAGAGAGGUAUUCGAUGAAGUCGUAUCGUCCGCUAAGUUGAAGCAGAAAUUAUUGGAUAAUCUUGAUGAGAAGCGACGCAUGGUUCUAAAUUCCGCAAAAACCGCUGCUAGGGAUCAUCUUUCUCUUGGCACAAUGACCCAAGCAGCAUUAUCGACGUUGCUAGUCUGUCUUCCGGCUGAUCGGUUACCCGUCAAGCUAAGUCCCGUGAUCAAAGCGCUCAUGGAAUCACUACGACGGGAGCAGCACGAACCUUUACAGGCGAUGUCGGCUAAACAUCUGGCUCUCCUACUACAAAUCGCCCUUUCCAGAAGCCCGUGCCCAAAUGGCAAGGUUGUCAGGAACCUGGUCACAUACCUUUGUUGCGAUCCGGAUGAAACUCCAUUGGUAACACCCGUACAGGGCCAGUAUCAAACCGACGGCAUUAUGACCCUCCAAAAGAUGACUAAGACGGCCGAGCUGAUGCUAAAUAAGAAGCCCUGGUUACGUAGGAGCCAGUCACAAAUUUGUCCGACAUUUCCGGCAAAUCCGUUAAUUCCUGUCAGUCCCUCGCCACAAGCGGCGAACCAACAGCCGCCUGAGUUCCCAUCUGUUGGCACUGGAUGCACUCCACUCACACCAGCCGCUAUUGACGACGAACUACAGAAAGAACAAAAGCAAUCUCAGGAAACACAGCGACGCGGCGCAGUUCUGGCAUUUGGCGAAAUUGGUGGGGUAUUUGGCGAGCGUCUUUUCGAAGACCUGCCCACCGUGUGGGAAGCCAUCGCUGCUCUAUUACUCAAGGAAAGUACUUUUGGUAAGGUUGAGAUAACGACGACAAGUUAUCAACAACAAUUGGAGCCUACGGACCUCUCAAAAAGCGGUAGAAAUAAAACAUCACCAAACUUAUUGACCAAUCUCGAAGCCUCAACUUCACCAUCUUCGUCUAAUACAACAACAACGCUUGCUACCGUCCGUGGAUUAAUCGAGUCCCUUCAGACGUUGGAAGUACUGACUCCAUCGGUACAUAAAAAGCUCCAUCCGGAGCUGCGACGGCUUUUACCGCGUCUCGACCUCUGCUCACGGCAUCCGCUUGCAGCAGUGCGACAUAUGGCUGCACGGUGCAUCGCUAGCCUUGCUGCUGUGGAUACCAGUGCAACCGUGUGUCAUGUAAUCAAACUUGGAGUCUUGUCUCAGCUGGGAGCUACCUCCCAGGACGACAUCGUGAGACAGGGUGCAGUGGAGGCUAUUUUCACGUUAGUGGAACGUCUUGAUGUACGCGCGGUACCAUUUAUCUCGUUCUUCAUCUUGCCCAUUCUUGGUGCCAUGGCUGACCAAAAUGAACACGUUCGACUCCUCGCUACUCAAUGUUUCGCAAAUCUAGUUCGCUUAAUGCCGCUGGACGACGGAGUCUCAGGUCUGUCUGAAUUAUUUUCUAAAGAUGAGGAACUUAGAACAAAAGCCCAAAAACAGCGUGGAUUUAUAGAUCAACUGCUCAAUGCUAAUCAUGCUGAAAAUUAUAAGGUGUCCGUUCCGGUUAAGGCGGAUUUGCGCAGCUACCAACAGGAAGGCGUUAAUUGGCUGGCAUUUCUAAAUCGCUAUCGAUUACACGGUAUACUAUGCGACGAUAUGGGUUUGGGAAAAACACUGCAGUCGAUUUGCAUGCUGGCCGAAGAUCACGACCGUCGGCAACAGCAGUACAAAAUUAAUAAACAUGAUUUAAGUUUUGCACCAUUACCAUCGCUCGUAAUUUGUCCACCAACUUUGACUGGACACUGGGUGUACGAAAUCGACAAAUUCGUAUCUGCUAAACAUCUCGACCCUCUUCAUUAUACAGGUCCACCUCCUGAAAGGCAACGUCUCCAAGCACAAUUUACAUUGCGACAGGAACGCCAUCGGUGCCACAACCUAGUUGUCGUUGCCUCGUACGACCUAGUGAGAAAUGAUAUCGACUUUUUUAGCGCCAUUCGAUGGAAUUACGUGAUCCUUGACGAGGGACACGUCAUUAAAAAUAACAAGACCAAGCUUUCAAAGGCUGUCAAGCAGCUACGUGCAAGUCACCGAUUGAUAUUAUCCGGAACUCCGAUCCAAAACAACGUGACUGAACUGUGGAAUCUCUUCGAUUUCCUCAUGCCCGGCUUCCUUGGAUCCGAGAAACUCUUUUCGGUCAAAUACGCAAAGCCGAUUCUCGCGUCGAGGGAAGCGAAGGCAUCUUCGAAAGAACACGAGCAAGGCAUUUUGGCUAUGGAAGCGCUCCAUCGUCAGGUUCUGCCGUUUGUUCUUCGUAGGACAAAAGAAGAUGUUCUGGCCGAUUUGCCACCGAAGAUCAUCCAAGAUUACUAUUGCGAACUUAGUCCACUGCAGCAUCGAUUGUACGAAGAUUUUUCAAAGUCUCGUGCAAACAGCGAAAUGGUCGAGGCAAUAAAUCGACAGGCCGCCGAGUCGUCCGCUGGUGCGGGAGGGGCGCAAACAAAUCACCAUGUAUUCCAGGCCCUGCACUACUUACGCAAGGUGUGUAACCAUCCGAAGCUGGCAUUAUCGCAGAACCAUCCCGAGUAUGAUGCCAUCGUCAAACAGCUGCGCGAAGACAAACUAUCUCUUUCCGAUAUCUCUGUGUCGUGCAAGCUGCUUGCUCUCCGCCAGCUACUGCUGGACUGUGGCAUCGGGUCAGAGCUAGGUCAGGCGAUUGUCAAUGCGCAUCGAUGCCUAGUGUUCUUCCAACUCAAGUCAAUGUUGGACCUUGUUGAAAACGAUUUACUUAAGAAAUAUAUGCCAACGGUUUCGUAUCUGCGUCUAGAUGGCGCUAUUCCUCCUGGUGACCGACACGCGCUGGUUCAGAAAUUCAACAACGAUCCCUCAAUUGAUUUGCUGCUGAUCACAACCCAAGUUGGUGGACUAGGUUUAAAUUUGACGGGCGCGGAUACAGUCAUCUUUGUGGAACACGAUUGGAACCCAAUGAAGGAUCUCCAGGCAAUGGACCGCGCACAUCGCAUCGGUCAAAAGAAGGUUGUUAACGUCUACAGGCUAAUCACACGAAAUACACUCGAAGAGAAGAUCAUGGGCCUGCAAAGGUUCAAGAUGUCGAUUGCAAAUACAGUUAUCAGUGGCGACAAUUCUAGUUUACACACUAUGGCCACAGACCAGCUUAUCGACCUGUUCCAGGUUUCCGAGCCAGGCAAGAGCGGUCGACCAGCGUCCGGCAGCGACCGAGAUGGCGGAAACAAAACCGGUGUUAAGGACGUCCUCGACCAUUUGCCGGAGCUUUGGGACUCCAGUCAAUAUGAAGCCGAGUAUGAUCUUUCAGCAUUCAUGAAGAAUCUUGUGAAGAAGGAUAAGUAGUUUGUGAUGAUAGAAAAACACAGAGCAAAGACGCACAUGGACAAACGCCAUGCUAGGGACUGAUUUUCUUUUACAAUUUGUAAUUAUAUUCUUUAUUUCUUAUAUUCUGCUGCCCUUCAUAACUGGGGGGUGUGCGCGCAAACCGGUAUGGUUCUUUCAUUGCACAUAUCCAAAUAGAUGGCACAACAGAAAGUUGACUAGGUUUCUAGAACUACUGUUUAGACAUUCUUUUACACAAGCAGACAAAUACAUAACUUUUUUUUCAUCGUCAUUCAGGUCUCUAUCGGAGCAUUGGGGACCAUCGAAUACACAAUUCAUUUCGUUCAUAUAUACUUAUCAUUGUCGUGUCGCUAAAAAAAAAUUGACGCAACGAAGUGACUGCCCGGUACGCGAAAUUUAGGGAGACCCUAACUGAGAGUUUGUGGUCAUUAUAAGUUGUGAUGGAAAGUGACUGACCUAAAAAAGAAAAUAAUAUGCUUUUAAGAAGAGUUAAAUGUACGAAUAUACGACAUGCGUGAGUUUAAAAUAUUUGUAGGAGCCUGCAAUUUGUAUUUCUUUCCUAUCAAUUUUUGAGCAGAAGGAACAACAACAUAAUUUAUAUACGAAUAUAGAAUGACAGAAAGCGAAAAAAUUGACAAUGGUGGUGAAUAUGAUGGCUGUUCGUCUAGUGUAAAUGGUGACAUCUCCUUUUGUAGAUAGGAGGGUAUCGCCGCCCUAUGCCGUGAUCGCUCGGGUCACUUUCGGGGUGAUUGCAGAUGGAUUUAGCGGCCUGAGGGUAGCAGGGACUGAACAGCAGAGCUUGAUGCAAGAUGGAAGCUCUACCAAGCCAACAAAGAGAUCAGCAUGCAAACGCAAUCAUCAAUCUAAGUUUACUAAAAAAGUAAUGUACAUUGUACCAGUUCAACAAUGUGUCCAAUUUCGUGGCGUUCUCUGGUUGUCGUUAGAUUGGAAAACAUCAUUUGGAAAUAAUGAGUUUUGGCGCAAUUAAUUCAGCAGUUAGACACGUAACCUGUAGGCAGAACGAUGAUUUCAAAACAAAAUCAGAUUCCGAUAAAUUUCAUAUAAACUCUACCAGCUUUCUUGUUAGGAUAUAGCGAUAGGUAGUGUUGCAUAGGAAAACGCGUGCAGUAUGAUUGACUCAAGUCGUUGAGUGCGCUGAUUGAUUAGUACUCGUGUGAAAUAUAUGUGCGGUUUACUUUGAGGUCUAUUUAAUCAUAGGCAGCGUACGAUUUUACAUUUUGCUGUGUAUGUCGAAAGCGUAACACGAGAGUGCACAACGCCAUAUGUUUAACAGCAGUCAAACGUCGCGUGUUUCCUUAUUCCGAAAUUCACAUCACUUUUGACUGCUCAUUUCCAGUCAUGAGAUAUGGUGGUAGCUCUGCACAGCUCAUUAGAAGCCGGCAUUUGUGUCGAAUGCUAAAAUCAAUCGCUGUACUUCUUUUCACUGAUAUGGAAAAAUAAUUGUGCUAUCGUUGUUCUUGUAAAACAUUUCACCGAAAUUUAACGGUGCUGAUUUCAACCAUACAUCUUCUAUGAUCCUUGUAAUCAAACGAACGAACCCAAAUGCCAGCUUAAAGUACGAUAGAAAGCAAUACUUUUCCCAAUAACAUAGCAUCGGUGUUACUUGUAGCGUAUCCACAAGAUUACACCAACAACCUCCUGGCCGGGUGGGAGGGGUUUUGAAGAAAAAGUGGAAGAACUUUACGAGAAAUAACAAAUCAUAGUAUCAUAUUGUUGUAGAUGUAACAAGUAGCACGAUUUGUACGGUCUCUACCAUUUUUUCCUCAGAUAAAUUUUCCUCCCCUCUCGAAAUCAGGAAUGAUCUCGUAUUGUGGAACGUAUUCAUCAGUUUUUUUUUUUCGCUUAUUUCGUCUUCUCUAGCUUAUACAGAAAAUGUCCUGAACUAAUCAUGUGAAUUGUUGCCUAUACAUAUGUAUAUUACAGCACACAGUGAUUCACAGUACACAAGUACAUGACUUUUUGCCAUCAACGACAGCAACAAACGUAACAACAAUGAUAUCAAAGUAAUAAAACGUACACAUUUUUACUACUCCAAUAGCCUAAGUAUCUUUAGUUUAGGUAACGAUUGCUAGCUUUGCGAGCUCGUUGCGAGAUUUUUCUAUCUUUGGAAAAAUAGACCAUUCCACUUAUUAGUCAUAAUUGCGCUAUACGAAAAGGGCUGUAAAAACAAAGUUUCCUUCGUCCCAAGCAAUACUAUAAACGUGCAACGCAAAGUAGGACGCAAAUCUCGGAACUUUUAUUAAUUCACAAAGUAAUGAUGGCAGCAAUACACACACAUGUAUAUUAAGAUACAUAACUUCCAGCGUACAUAUCUACACCAUCUGUCCAGAUUAUUAUUAUUAUCAGUCACGAAAUUCGCCUGCCUCUCUGUGGCAAAGCAACGUUUUUACAAUUAACGUAAUUAAACGUAAGCGUUUCCUAUAACUAACAUACUCAUAAUUCGGUUUCUUCUGUGAGAUCUGUCGCAAGCUAUAUAUAUAUAUAUAUAAGACGUGA